GCCGUUAUCCCGCUUAUCUCCCGUUUGUAUUCAUAACCUGUAUAUUUAGAACAUAGUUUUAUUCCACCGUUGCGUCCGUAAACAUCGCUAAAACUGUCUUGACUGUGGGACUACUUUCCGCCACAUAUCAACUUUCUACUUGCAGGACAAAACUGCCGUUACUAGUUCUAAAUGGAUGGUUGCUAUGGCCAAAAGCCAGUCGUUAGUUCUAAAUGGCUGGUUGCUACGGCCAAAAGCCAGUCGUUAGUUCUAUCUCUCCCGUUGUCAAGCGGGCAUAUCCCAGGAUUCUGAUUAACUUUAACUUUGAAAGAUCGCUACUUUUAUAGCCUACAUGGCAUCCAGCAGGAAGCGAUUCCGAAUUCGAAAGAGGAGUAGGAAACUUCUCGGCAAGAACAUAAAACUACACCUGGCUCAGACACAAGCUAUUGCUGUGCCUCAACAAGUCUCUCAAGUGGUAUUCCCUUCAGAAGAUGAGCAUCUGAAGCAAGGCCUGUUAAAAAUGCUGGUGACUGACCUGCUGCCCUUUAGCAAGGUGAAAGACGUGGGCUUUCGAGCCUUCUGCCGGGGCCUCAACCCGACCUUUGACCCGCCGUCCUCCGCCCUGUGGGUGCGCACGGAGCUCCAGGGCGUGUACGAGCGCAUCAAGGCCGACGUGCGCGACACGCUGCAGUCGGUCCCGGACGUGGCCCUGACCGCCGAGAUGUGGACGCACGCCUCGGAGGGCGCCUACCUGACCGUCAGCUGCCACUUCAUCGACCGCUACUGGAAGCGGCGCAGCUGCCUGCUGGAGACGGUGCCGCUGGGCGCCGACCGGGGCGCGGCCCGCGUGGUCGAGCAGCUGCUGAAGACGUCCGGCGACUGGGGCGUCGCCGAGAAGGUCAAGGUGGUGGUGUCCAACAUGAUGAGCAAGGGCAGCAUGACGGAGAGCUGCGAGGCCAAAGGCUGGGUGCACGUGCGCUGCUUCGUGUGCACGCUGGACGUGGUGUUCCGCGAGGCGCUCGCCCAGCUGGACGAGACGACGACGACGUGGCGGGUGCCGCAGCUGCUGCGCAAGUGCCGCGCCGUGGUGCGCUUCUUCCAGCAGGACCGCGACGCCCAGCGCCAGCUGCGCGCCAACCAGGAGCAGCUGAACCUGGCGCCGCUGCGGCUCGUCCAGGCCGCCGCCGCCGAGGACACCUGGCUGGACGUGGCCGCCAUGCUCCAGCGGCUGUCCGAGCAGCGCGCCGCCAUCAACCAGGUGCUCCUGCAGCACGUCAAGGAGGACCUCUGGCUGAACGAGCGCGACAUGGAGAAAAUCCACGACAUCCUGGCCGCCCUGCAGCCCCUGCGGGACACGGCGAACGGCAUGGUGAGCGACGGCUACGAGUCGCUCUCCAACAUCAUCCCGCUCGUCGACAGCCUGCAGAAGUCGAUGGCCUGGCUGUCCGAGGGCGGCAAUCGGGUGGCCCGGGCGCUGGCGGACGUCUGCGUGAGGCACGUCAGCCACGCGUGGGACCACCGCUGGACGGCCCUGAGCACCGCGAUGGACCCGCGCUUCAAGAACAUGCUGCUCUUCAGCAGCAGGGCGCAGACGAUCGAGCAGAAGCUCCACGCCGAGCUGAGGGCUCUGUGCCCGAGCGCAGGCGCCGGUCCGCCGGGCGUCGUCGGGACGCCGGACGAAGUGGACGCGCUGCUGACGGAGUACAAGAGCACCAGCACGAAGGUCACGGAUCAGAACCCGCUCGACUUUUGGAGACUCCCCAGGGGGCUCAAGAAGCUGAGCCACGUCGCGCAGAAGUAUCUCACGGUCGUGUCGACGGCUGUCCCCCUACAGAGGGCCUUCAACCCAGAACUUUCCAGGAGGGUGCACCACAGCAGGAGUAACCUGGAGCCCGAGAACGUGAACUUGAUGAUCUUCCUAAAUGGACACUGGUCCAUUGAGAACAGUGACUCGCCAGAGUCAGAUUAAAGUUUGUUUUCAUACCUUU